UAUCAUUCGAUGUUCGAUACAGCGAUUCUAUAGAGGACUUCUGGAAGCAACAUUUAAUUUAGUUUUUAUUUUACAAGCGACUUGUUCGAAUUGAUUUGAUUAACUUCACAAUACAAACACCCGUAAUUCGUGGUUGUGCCCAUUGUGUUGUUUUUCCUUUUGGUGUUUUUGCAAAGUUCCCUAUAGUUUUUCUACAAUAUUUCAAGCACUUGCUGUGAACUGUCGGCCAAACGCAUUGAACCAACAAAGUGGCUUACGUAUUACAAACCAGAAAACUAAAGGAAAAUAUUACCGUUGUGAGGGGAGUAAAGUGCAUCCAAUAAGAAAAGAGACAAAACCCAUAAAAAAACUAUUUUCUAAAACAAUUGCAUCACGUGAGCAUUACGUGAACGUCAAAUAAUAUACGAAUAUUUGCAAUAUAGCAAUUUUGGAAAUUCAAACAGAGGAAUUACACACCAAGCCACUCCAUCCAAUUACCCCAACGCGAACAACGUAACUUUCCAUAUUUUUAAUUUUGUGGUAUUUAUCCACAAUAACACAAAAACAACCUAAAAUAAAUUUCAAACACGUCUCAGCACGAAAUGAACAACCUGCCCGACACUCCUGUGCCCGAUCCAGGAUCUAGUGGUGAUAAACAAGAGGUGACAACAACUGUUCCCAAUAAGUCUAGUGCACUUAAAAAGACCAGUCGUUAUCGAAGUCGCUCCCUAUCGGCUUCAUCCACGGAUUCGUUUAGCUCAGCCUCUUAUACUGGCAGUAGUUCAGACGACGGUGACGAUGUACCACCACGCGAAAAAGUUCAAAAGAAUACCAAAGGUAAUUCGGACUUUUGCGUGCGUAAUAUUGCCGGUCAGCAUGCGUUUGGCCGGCGUGAAAUCGAAAUAGCCGAACAAGAGAUGCCGGGUAUAAUGGCACUCCGGAAACGCGCUGCCGACGAUAAACCGCUAAAAGAUGCGAAAAUCGUCGGUUGUACGCACAUCAAUGCGCAAACUGCGGUGCUCAUUGAGACUCUAGUGGAGUUGGGAGCAUCGGUGCGUUGGGCAGCAUGCAAUAUAUACUCGACGCAGAAUGAAGUAGCAGCUGCAUUGGCCGAAGCCGACAUACCCAUCUUUGCAUGGCGCGGCGAGACGGAGGAAGAUUUCUGGUGGUGCAUCGAUCGCUGUGUGAAUGCGGAGAGCUGGCAGCCGAAUAUGAUAUUGGAUGAUGGUGGCGAUGCCACACAUUUAAUGCUGAAGAAAUACCCCACCAUGUUCAAGCUCGUGAAGGGUAUUGUGGAGGAAAGCGUCACCGGUGUUCAUCGCUUGUAUCAGUUGUCGAAAGCCGGUAAACUAACGGUGCCUGCAAUGAAUGUCAACGAUUCGGUAACGAAGACCAAAUUCGACAAUCUCUACAGCUGCAAAGAAUCCAUACUCGACAGUUUGAAACGCUCAACGGACGUUAUGUUCGGCGGCAAGCAAGUGGUCGUUUGCGGUUAUGGUGAUGUUGGCAAAGGCUGUGCACAAGCAUUAAAGGGUCAAGGAUGCAUUGUAUAUAUAACCGAGAUAGAUCCGAUUUGUGCACUACAAGCCAGCAUGGAUGGCUUCCGUGUGGUGAAGCUGAACGAGGUGAUACGCAAUGUGGACAUUGUGGUCACAGCGACCGGCAAUAAAAAUGUCGUCGUACGCGAACACAUGGAUAAAAUGAAGAGCGGUUGCAUUAUAUGUAAUAUGGGUCACUCAAAUACCGAAAUCGAUGUAAAUGGUUUGCGUACACCGGACUUGACGUGGGAGAAAGUACGCUCACAAGUCGAUCAUAUUAUCUGGCCGGAGGGCAAGUACAUCAUACUAUUAGCUGAGGGACGUCUCGUCAAUUUGUCAUGCUCCAGCAUACCGUCGUUCGCUGUGUCAAUUACUUCAGCCACACAGGCACUCGCACUUAUCGAAUUGUUCAAUGCGCCACCUGGCCGCUACAAGUCCGACGUGUAUUUGCUGCCAAAGAAAAUGGACGAAUAUGUGGCAAGCUUACACUUGCCCACCUUCGAUGCACAUCUAACAGAAUUAACCGAUGAGCAGGCGAAAUAUAUGGGUCUCAACAAAGCCGGGCCAUUCAAGCCCAAUUACUAUAGAUACUAAAACAUGUUGAAGCUAAGGAUGGGGGAAAGAGCGCUGUGCAAUUUUCGGGCUAGUAUGUGAUCUUUUACGAUGUAUGUUGAUAUCAAGAGCGGUAUGCUGAGCUUAAAAAUAAAAGUAAAAGCGGUAAAAAGUAUUGGAGCGCGCGCGUAAACUGCCAACGAAAGUAUUCUAAUUUGAAAAAGUAUUUCAGCUAAUGUUAAAGUUGACGCUGAAGCUGUGAGCUUAAAUACUGUAUAUGGUUAAGAUUGAAUUAAAUUUAAAAAUGAAUGCAGCACUUAUUAACAAAAAACACAAAAUUGCGGAAAAAUCACAACACGGCAAAACAAUAAUUACGAGUAUACAAUAAUAAUUAAGAGCAAAGUAUAAAAUUCGAAUUGCAAACAUUUAGUUUGCACACACACACAUACACCCCACACAGUUUCAUGUGCAUACACGCCGUUUAUAAGGCUUAGUAGGAAAUGCCUCAUGAAUCCCAAUGUAAAAAAGCUGAUACUUGAACUUUAGCUAGUAGUAUUUAGUUACUUUUCCUCCACAAGGAGGCGAAACACACUUGCCUAUAGAAUGAUGUAUGAUGAAACAUCAAUCAAUAUUAAAAUAGCAUUAACACGUCGCCGCUGAUGACAAUGAGCUUCAUGACAAACCAAUAAAAAAAAAGUUGAAAUAACUAACGAAUAGUAAAUAUGAUUAAAUCAAGUUGUACUAAAACACGAAAUCGAAACGAAAGUAAUUCUGCAGUGUUCAAUUUAAAUAUUAAUCUGCAACAUACAUACAUAUUUAAAAGUAAAUUACAUUUGAGGCAUUCUUUGUGCAUGUGCACAUCACGUCAACUUUUUAGUUUGUUCAAUGUUUGAUCAUUCUACUUGAUAAAUAUCAAUUUUUGCUAUGACCAGCAAUGGUUUUUUUUUAAUAUAUUAAAUAUUUGAUCGCAUUUUAGUCGCUAAAUAACAUUUCACAUUUUUCGCUUGCUUUGUACACUAGUAAAAAUUUAAAAUUUUUUGCAUUUAGCACAAUUGAACCAAAACUUGCAGCUUUUAGUGAAUAUAUUCCACUUUUGUUUAAAAAAAAAUGUACUUAUAUUACUAUAUUUAUUGUCUAUACAGUUGUAUUAAAUACGUCUUAUAGCGUCAAUGAAACUAAGUUUAUUUGCGUGUAAAAAUAAGGUAUUAUGAGGAAAGCAAAAUAAUGUUUAUAAAUAAAAUAAAGCAGAGUUUAAUAAAAAAAAAUUAAAUCAAA